AUGGCGUCUUCUCAUUUUUUGGCUACUUAUAAUUCAAAAGUGAUUUUCUGUGUCUUUGUUCUGUUGUGGAGUGCCUGUGAGGGGCUGAUAAAGCUACCGAAAAACGUAACCGUGCCUGCAGUAUUUGCAUUUGGAGAUUCGAUAGUUGAUCAAGGCAACAACAAUGAUAUGCCGACAGUGGCUAGGGCCAAUUUUAUGCCUUACGGAAAGGAUUUUGAAGGUGGAGUUUCCACAGGAAGGUUUGGCAAUGGAAAGACACCACCAGACAUGCUUGCCGAAGAAUUAGGUAUUACAGAGCUCAUACCCGCUUAUCUCGACCCGAAUUUGAAACUCGAGGAUCUUAAAAAGGGUGUAAGCUUUGCAUCCGGAGGUUGUGGAUAUGAUCCCGAGACUGCUAAAUUAGUUUCAGCUAUAUCACUAUCAGAUCAAGUAAAAUUAUUUAAAGAGUACAUUGGAAAGCUCAAAGCAGCUGUUGGAGAAGCAGAAACACAUUACAUUUUAACAAAUAGCUUCUACAUGGUGGUAGCAGGCAGUGAUGAUCUAAUCAAUACCUACUUCCCAUUGGGUCUUCAGCUGGUGUACAACCUAAAUUCCUAUUCUGAUCUUAUGGUUUCUUCAGCUUCCAGUUUCAUACAGGAAAUAUACAAACUUGGAGCAAGAAGAAUUGCUGUUUUCAGUCUACCACCAGUAGGAUGUGUGCCAUCUCAAAGAACCCUAGCUGGUGGUGGUUAUAGAAUGUGUGUAGAAAAGUAUAAUCGGGCAGCACAAUUGGUUAAUUCCAAAUUAUCAUCUGAAUGUAAAUCACUUGCUAAAAAGUUACCUAAAUCCAGAGUGGUUUACAUUGACAUUUAUGAGCCUCUUCUUGAUCUUAUUCAAAGGCCUCAAAAUUAUGGGUUUGAAGUAGCAGAUAGAGGGUGUUGUGGCACAGGACUUAUAGAGGUGAUAAUAUUAUGCAACAAAUUCAGUGAGACAUGUCCAGAUGACACAAAAUAUGUAUUUUGGGACAGUUACCAUCCCUCAGAGAAAGCUUACAAAGUUCUUCUUAAUCAGGUCAUUCAAAAAUAUGUCAACAGCUUCUUCUGA